AUGGCGAACCCAUCAUUAUCAUCGUCAUCCGUUGCUAGGCAGGAUUACCCCUCGUCUUUGUCCGCAUCGUCCUCAUCGAAUCGCUUGUCGUCCUCCCAGCAUCAGCCUUCUGGCUCCGCCGCUGUCGCAAGCACCAGCGAAGACGCUCGCAAUGCACUUCGCAGAACAUCCACCCACUCGGAUCAGUCCUUUUAUUCGGCCGACGACUAUCGCAGACGCAAGCAACCACGUGUCUCACUCCAUCCCGAGCAUCAACCCCCUUCCUUCAGCUUUGUCUGUCUCGGCACCGGUGGUGGCCCCCUUGAAGGUGACUGCUCUUGCUACUUGCUCAAGCCCGCCGACCAAAACUGGCAAGAUGGCUCCAUCGUAGUCGAAGGCGGUUCCUGGCUCGGUGCGCUCACCGACGUGCUCGAGCAGCAAGGGCCCGAUUCCGCCUUUUACGACUUUGAGUUCCCUUCCACCACCCCUUCUGCCUACCUGCGAGCCGGUCUCAUGGCCUCCUUCUCGCGUGCCUUUUUGAUAUCUCACGCCCAUCUCGAUCACAUACUCGGUCUCGUCCUCGGCUCUGCAUCUCUGCCUGGCAAGAGGACCGUCUUUGGCCUCAAAGCUACGCUCGAAAACAUCCUCGACAUGUUCAAUGGCAAGAUUUGGCCCAAAUUGGCUUCGUGGAAGGAAGAUGAACCGCAUACCAUGUACCACAUGCGCAGCCUCGACAACCAGCGUCCCUUUUCGGUCAGCGACACGCUCAGCGUUCUGCCCUUUGCGCUCUCGCACGGUCUCAAUCCCUCUGAGCCACCCGCGCCGCCCACGCCCACCUACACACCAGCACAGCUAAACUCGAACUAUUUCAGUAAGCGUAUGUCGCUGCCCAUCAGCACGCAGAUGGGUUCCUUCCAACUCUCGCGAGGCGUCGACGAUCGCAUGCGCACACUCGAAAGUAUUUCGCAAGAAGGCGAGUCCAACAUUGCUUCCUUCCGUCGGCCAUCGUUCAACAACAGCCCGUUUUUCGCGCCCAACAGCAAACCGUCGAACGCCUCGCUCGCGCCCAUGGAUGGUGCAACGGCGCGACCUGGUGAGCCUGUGUCCCCUCGAGCUUCUCCCGCUGCCCCCGCUGGCACCGCCUCUACAUCUUCCUCGUCUGGCUCCUUGUCGUCGGUCGCCAUGCUAUCGUCGGCGAGCAGUGGGCCCAGCAUCCCUACCCAGACUCUGACUGUCAACACCCGGCAGCCUCCCGAAAGGCCAGCCAAGAAUCGAAGACCUCGCACCGCCCAGGGCUCCGAACGACGACCUUCGCCUCCCUCGGCAUGGACCCCAUCCGCUUCGUCUGCGGGCAACAGCGGCCUCGGCGUCGGUGCGGGUGCAGGUGCUGGUUCUGCUGCUCCCUCCACGACCAAGCAGCCUCCUCGACGCGUCUCGAUCGAUCGUGCACCGCCCGCGCUCGACUCGACGGCAUUCUUCAUCACGCACAAGAACCACGACAAGGACGUGCUCUUCUUUGGUGACGUCGAGCCCGACUGUGUCUCGAAAGCGCCUCGCAAUCGACAGGUGUGGAGUCACGCUGCCGAGCGAUUUGCCGAAGGCAAGCUCAAUGCCAUCUUUCUGGAGUGCAGUUUCCCCAAGAAUCACCCUACCGAGUUCUUGUAUGGGCACCUGUCCGUCGAGCACCUCUUUGACGAGUUGCGCGUGCUUGCUCAGAUGGUCAAGCGGUAUCGCGAAAAGAUGCGCCGUCCGUCGAAUGCGAGCAGCCGUAGUGCGGGUCACCACGGUGUCAGUGGCGGUGCGGGUGCGGGGGGUGCUGGUGGUGUGGUCAAUGGCGAAGUGCGGUCGAUCCAUCCUCAUCUGGCGCCGUCGCCGCUUGGCACGGCUGCAGUGUCGACACACGAUGACUCGGAGGCGGAAGGAACGCAGCAGCAGUACCUGCAACCUGGCAGCAGCGGUGUGUACGAUCAAGACUCGGAGCUUCAAGGUCAGCUGGCGGGCUUGGGUGUCAUUGUGAUCCAUGUCAAGCCGGCGCUCUUCCCGACAUUCGUACAGGAAGAGGACGCGCCGCUGGCAGCAGCAGCAGCGGAGGAGCCUCCUUCGCCUACAUCCACCACUUCGGCCAGCUCGUCGCUCGAAGCUGCUGCACACGGUGAGGAUUUCGAAAGCGAGGCCGAAACCACCCCGCUCGCUGCACCCGAGCCCAGGCUGGACCACCGUACGGCCCCGCAGAAGAUCCUGGACGAGCUCAACCAGGAGGAGCAGGCGGCCAUGCUCGGCGUCCGGUUUGUUAUGGCUGAAAAGGGCAUGCGCAUUGAAUGCUAA